UGGUAAUCAAAGCUGUCAUGAAAAAUAAUGUUUUUUUAAUCAUGAUUUUAUUUUAUAUUUUAUGACAUCUUAUGAUGAUGCAGCAGUAAUCACACUAGUUUCAAGACCCCCGGUCGAGUGACGACUCUCUCUGCCUUCGAUUAAAAUGCCUGGGAGGCGUGUUCAUGGAGCAGCAGCGCCCCCUGCGGUGUUCACUGGAAACACUCACGGGUCAGAUGAUCCGAGCUGCAUUGUAAAUAGUCAGCGGCGAUCCUCCACCGGGGCCAUGCCUUCAUAGACUCUUUAAAUCACCUCCAACAGAGCAGAUAGCCACACUCGGAGACUCCUUAUCUUCUGACACCAGCUCUGUAGCUGUUUCGGGUCAUUUCGGUGUGUUAAAGUGUUUGUAAAGUAUGUACCGGUCUCUGUACGCUUUCCGGUCCGCGGAGCCCAACUCGCUGCACUUCGCGGCCGGAGAAAGCUUCCUAAUCCUGGAGAGGAGCAACAAACACUGGUGGCUGGGGUCCCGCUGCAGCUCGGGGGAAACCGGCUACAUCCCAUCAUCAUACAUCGAGAAAAUACAGGCUCCAGAGCAGGAUGAGGUGUUGCAGUCUAUUGACAGAGCAAUCGAAGGAAUCCACAAUGUGGCCUUAAAGAACGGAGGCAAAUACAACCUGGAGCAAAGAGAUGUUCUACAAAAGUUGAUCCAUCACAGAAAGGAGACACUCGCACGACGAAGUUCAUCGUCCCCCGCCAACAAACAAGGCCUCCCAUCUUCCAGCAGUGAAAUAUCUCUCAGUCAAACUCCUCCUCCACCCAACGGCCUUAACCGAGAGUAUGGACGACAGGGGAGCGUGCCGCUGUCAGGAAGCAUGGACAGUAUGCAGGUAGAACAGAGCUUUUAUCAGGUGCCUCCUCAACCUCGACGUGCGGCCCCGAUCACCCCACCUCCCCCUGAGAAACAGAGAAACAGUCGGCGUCCAGCAGAGCCGGAGGUCCCCUCCAGAACGUCCUCUCUCCCUCCGUCCCCUGCCACCUCCCUCUCGAUCAGCACCACCUCUUUAGAGUCCGGUUCCUCCCACUCACCGGUCUCCUCUGAGGUCAGCAUACCAAGUGUUUCCAGCACCCCCCCUCCUCCUGUGCCAUCCCGUGUGAAGCCCACUGCACCGCCGCCUCCCUCCGACUCCCCUCCUCAGCCCGCUCCCGCAAAGAAGAGCCCGGCUCCACAGCCUCCCCAGCCCACCCCUCCUCCCUCGCAGCCCGCUGUGGUGGAGCAGCCAGAGAGUGAAUGGCCUGUUGCCCCCCCGUCUGUCGCUGAAAGCCCUCCUGGCAGCCCCACUACCUCUGAGCCGGUUCCCAUGACUAUCGGGGCUGAACUGAUCGAGCUGGUGCGGAAGAACACUGGCCUGAGUUAUGAGCUGUCCAGGGUCGCCGUGGGCGUGGUGGUCGGCCAUCUGCAGAUGGCCUUACCUCAGGCCUCCUCUGAUUUGGAGCAAGUUCUCCUCUCGCUGGUGGAGAGCAAGGAUCUGAGUGCAGCACUGCCGCAGGGCCAGGUGUGUCACGAUGAACAGAGGCUGGAGGUGAUCUUCAGCGACCUCGCUCGCCAUCGGGAUGAUUCCCAGCAGCGGAGCUGGGCGCUUCAUGAAGACCACGCUCUCAUCGCCUGCUACCUCGAGGAGUUGCUGAAGAUUCUGACUGAUGCAGAUCCAGAGGUGUGCAAGAGGAUGUGCAAGGCCAACGACUAUGAGAACGUGCUGUCUCAGGUUUCAUACUAUCAGAUGGAGCAUCGUGUGUCUCUGAGACUGCUGCUGCUCAAAGUGUUCGGGGCCAUGUGCAGCCUGGAUGCUUCUCUCAUCUCAACCCUCCUCAACUCCAUCCUCCCCAUGGAGCUGGCCAGGGACCUACAGACUGACACACAAGAACACCAGAAGAUGUGUUACACAGCUUUGGUUCUUACUAUGAUCUUCUCAAUGGGCGAACAGGUGCCAUAUCAUCACUACGAACACUUAAAUGCUGACUUUGUCCAGUUUCUGCUGGGUGUGGUGGAGGACGGGCUUCCCUCUGAUCCCACAGAACAGCUGCCUGACAUCUUCCUCAACCUCCUGCUGGCCUUCAACCUGCACCACACAACACCCAGCAGCAAUGUGAUCAUGCAGGAGCUGAAGAAGAAAAAUGUCAAGAUCCUGUCAGAGAAAGUGCUGCUGCUUCUCAACAGAGGCGACGACCCUGUGUGUAUGUUCAAACACACCCCACCUGCACCGCACUCAGUGCUCAAGUUUCUGCAGGAUGUUUUCGCCAACCGAGAGACCGCCGACAUCUUCUACCGCACUGACAUGAUGGUGAUGAUCGACAUUGCCGUUAGACAGAUAUCUGACCUUUCACCUGGAGACAAGCUGAGGAUGGAGUACCUCUCCCUCAUGCACUCCAUUAUUCGCUCGACGGACUACCUCGAGCACCAGCACCGCCUGUCUGACCUGCAGGGGGUGCUGCAGAGGAUUCUCAGGGAGGAGGAAGAUCCAGGAGAGGAUGAAGGGAGCGCCACAGCGAAACAGAUGGAUAAGCUAAUCGUACAGCAGAUCUACAAGGAGUUCCCACAGAUCUGUGAGAACCAGGACUAACCAUAUCAGUAUCACGCUCACACACUGUAGUCUGCUCCCAUCUGCUGCAGGGAGGUACAAUAAAGCUUGAAAGAGGAAGACCUGGCGUUUGAUGGGACGUCCUGUAUUCUGUGCCAGCCUGUGCUGAGAGAAGCUAAUCAAAGUUUGCCAAUGUUUUCUUGGACUUGUAGUCCAGAGCUGCAGCAUGCAUGUGAUGUUGAUUUCAGAGAUUUACCUUGUUUUUCACAGCUUUUCCCUUGUCAAUUGAUUUUUUUUCUUUUGUUCUUCAAGGAGGGAAAAUACGACAAAUGCACAAAAACACUUUUAGAUUUUGUCAAACUUGGAGAUUAAAAAUAGCCAAAAUAUAG